CAAUCUUUCUUUUCCUUAUAAAUCCAGAAAAUUUAACCCAUUUUAUUAUCCAAUUUGCCUAUACUAAUCACCACUUAAGCAGAAUUGUGAUUAGUAUUGGCAGAUUUUAUUUUUCUCGUUUGCUUGGUUUCAACCUAUAGUGGGGCAACAACAGUUGAGAUUUCUUGCAAAAUUUCCUCCUCUGCUAUCACCCUUUUUACAUUAUUCAAACUUGAGAAAUCUACAUUUUAGCGAAUGAUUUGGAACCCCCCAUUGGGUUUAAUUGAAUAGUUGAUUUUGAAAUUUCCCAAGUUGUGCAAUAUAUCUUUGUGACCUUCAUUGGUGAAGAGGAAGUUGAAUUAGAAGUUAUGGAUUCAGUUGAGGAAGAAGUACCAUCCGGAGAAGGAGAGAUGGAGGAAUUGGUUAGACCGUCCUCCACAAAUGUCCCCGCUUCGGUAAAUGAACACCCGCCGUCACAUUUCGCCGGUAUGGUGAGGCAAAAAGCAUAUGUUUUCGACGGUUUCGGGAAUUACUUCAAUAAGGAAUGGGAUCUUGGUGAAGGUGAAGGGAAGGAGUUUUGUUGGUACCAUGUAGAACUUCCAAAAGUGAGACAAAAAUGUUCUCAAUCUGCCCAACACCUUAUAGAUGUCCUUUGUCCACCUUUAAAGCUCCAAGACAUUCUCUCACUCGCUAGCAAUGGGCCGUUUUGCGGACAUGUGGAUGGAGCACUCGUCUUUCGGGUCAAUUCACCUGGCCCUAUCUCCAGUAGCUUUACGUUUAGACUAGCUGCAAGGAUUACCGAGAAAUCGGUGAUUACCGUGUCUUUGGGACGUGUUCCUCGAUUAGGUUUCUCGCCGGUCGGUCAAUCACUUCUCUCAGAGAUCCCUAGUGUCGAAAAUCCGUCGAAUUACAAAAGAGGAAGUACUAAACGGAGCGGGAUUGUUAUUAAAGAACAUGUUCUGGAGUUUUUAUUAACAAUGAACCACUCGGAGGAGGCCGAUAAUCCGGUUCCCAAAUCAAUCUCAAACCUUGUAGUUCACGUCAUCGACACCCACGUCGAUCACCUUGAAGAUGUCGUUACUAAACUCGAAAUGGAGCUGGAAACUGUGGAGCUUGAGUUGGAUAGAGGUGGAUUUGCUUUAAAGAAAGAGAUGCUAGACGAUAGGCGAUUCCCCAAAAUGCAUCUAAAUUUGCAACGCCUCCUUCAGGUGAUUGCACAUGGAGAGCAAGUAUUUCCCCGAGUGAAGGAAAAAUGUUUAUCUAAAUCAUGGUUUCUUAGUAAAGACAUAAACUCGCUUGACGAGUUGAUCGGAAGGUUGAGGAGGUUGAAAGAGAACGUAGGGUUUCUAGCGAAUCGGGUUACCGCAAUUCAGGCGGGUUUGGACAGUUGGCAGUCGGAGCAAAUAAACAAAAAGCUCUAUUACCUCUCUUUCCUUUCUAUAGUAUUCCUUCCUUUAUCUGUCAUCACCGGAGUGUUUGGAAUGAAUGUGGGUGGAGUUCCAUGGACAAUGCAAAAUAACCCUGAAGUAAAAGAUGGUUUCUUCAAGGUGAUGGUUCUUUGUGUAGCGAUGUUGCUGCUAGUGUUGCUAUGCUUUCUUUUCCCGAUACUCUAUUCACACGUGAUGGCCUGGUAUAAGAAGCGUUUUCUCAGACGAACUUGGUCUCAUAACCGGAGAUCCUGUCGGAGAACCAUUGGAAUCCAAGAAAGAAGUUGUUGCCCAAGGAUUGACUGAGUUAACAAACAAAGUCUCAUAAUUCUCACAAAAUUUCUAGACCUCACCCCAACUCAAAGCUGAUUUUGACAAUUAAAAAAAAACAUUAAUUUAUACUCAAACUCAUUUAAACCUAAAUUGAGCUAAAACCAAAAUAACCUCAAACUCAAAAUAUUAAAAUUCUAAUAACUUGAUAAGAAAAAAUUUUAACUUCAAACUCAAAAUAUCAAAACUCAAAAUUAAACCAAAUCAAAAUUAUUAAAAUUUUCUUUUUAAAAACUAAAAUAAACUUACUCAAAUUAAUCCCUCUCAAAAGCAAUUUAACCUACCCAGUUGACAAGGUCUAGGUAUUUUGAUGAAAUCAACCUUAUGCAAAGUGUACCAUCUAUAUCCACACUUGUUCAUAUUUAAGCUUUAGAGGCAACGAAAGCACUUUCUCUCUCUAAAUCCUUUUGUAUGCCAUAUAUUUUUGUUUUGAAAGUUUGGUUGUAAAUGUGAUUUUGUUACAAUUUUAUUUAUACAAGUAUGUAUUUAAAUAUAAAGAUUUGAUGUCAAUGAAAA